GAACGUCCGCGUACCAGCGCGAGCGAGCUCCGCUUCGCCGUUUCAAACAAACUUCAAACUCACUUUCGUCCAAACCUGUUUCGCAAUAGACCAACUUUUGAUAAAACAUACAGCACGAAAAUCACUCUAUUUAUUUUCGUAGGUAAACUCAAACAUAGUUUAAUUUUUAAUAAUUACAAAGUUUAAAAAGUUUGUUUGUAAGUCGGCGGCCGUGUGCGGUGUGCAUGUGUAAGCUCUAAAGUCAUGGCUGGACAAAGUUCUCACUAAACCGGUGUCAAUAAGCGUUCGAAGUUAGAAGAGAGUUUCGUUUGAACCCCGGCCUUUCGAUAAUGAGCCUCGAUGUUUAGACGGGACGGCAAGACUCGUUACGUGCGCGUGAUCCUGAAGGCGAGGACCUGGAAACGCGUGCCGAUGAGGCUUUUAAAGUGGCGCAAGAAAAUGACAUCGACGAAGGAAUACAAUUUGGUGCCGAACGAUGAGUUCGAUACGAGGAUCCCUUUGCAUUCGGAUGAGGCUUUCGAUUACGGGAUCGCCUUUCAAGCUAAGUACAUUGGAACAAUGGAUGUGCCUCGACCGACAAGCCGCGUUGAGAUUGUUGCUGCUAUGCGACGUGUUCGCUAUGAAUUCAAGGCUAGAGGAGUGAAGAAACGCAAAGUGAUCGUAGAUGUGUCGACUGAUGGCGUCCGAGUUACUACCAGGAAGAGCAGCAAGGGAAAGAGCGCCGGUGCCAAGCUGUUUGGUCGCAAGAAUAAUCAAGCCAGCGAGACAAUUGAGAUCAUGCAUCACCCUAUCUACCGCAUCUUCUAUGUCUCCCACGAUAGCUCUGACUUGAAGAUAUUUUCGUACAUCGCCAGAGAUGGGGCUACUAAUGUCUUCAAAUGUAACGUUUUCAAGAGCAAGAGAAAGAGUCAGGCCAUGCGGAUCGUGCGUACUGUCGGGCAAGCCUUUGAAGUAUGCCACAAGAUGCAGAACAAUUCUCCAGAGCAGCCAGCUCCAUCUACUUCUUCUGCCGUCGAUGAACCUGUGGCCAGCUGCAGUGAUGCUCCCGUCUCGAAAGAAGGACCGUCAGAAUGUGAGUCUGGUGCUGCUUCUACGUCGAAGGUCGUGGUUGAAGAAGGAGCUGUUGGAGGGAAAGAGGAACCGACUCGUCCCAAAACAUUGGAUCUCCUGCCGCCACCACCGAGGAAGGAGGGAAAACGUUCUCCUCAGCGUAUCGUUCCAACACCGGGAAUAAAUCUGCCAGAUUUACCGGAAUGCGUGACUAAAGUGGACAUACCUGACGCGGACGUCGUUGGCGAGUCCGCGACCCCGCUCAGUGCGCAACAUCAACUGCAACUGUUGCGCGAACGUCUCGAGCAACAAGCCCAACAGACGCGGGCGGCUGUGGCUCAACUAUUGUUGCUACGUGAUCAACUCGCCGCCGAACAGGCUGCUCGCUGCGAAGCUCAGGCUCGUACUCAUCAGCUCUUAGUUCACAACAAGGAGUUGCUUGAGCACAUCUCUGCACUGGUGGCUCACCUGCAAGAACGCGAGAAAGGCUCCUCGCGUCCAAUCAACGCGCAACAACUGACGCUCUUACCUCAGACGCAAGCCGAGGGGAUAAACGAAGCUACACAAUCACAAAUUUCACCGAAAGGCAGUCAACAACAACUGAGCACCGAAGCACUUAUUAACUUAUUUGCCCAAACCAAAGUGUCUCAGAAUGUCGAGAACAACAAUAUGAAAUUUUCCCCUUUUUGUGUCACUCCAACAUCCGAACUCACUAACGGACCCACUUCGGCUCCAUGCUUCGGAACCAUGACAAAUGAUCAAAUACAAAACUAUCUUAUCUCUAAAUUCCAAGACAUGGGUGGUUUCUCCAACAACAACAACAACAACGAUCAGAAGCCAACUUUUAAUGCAAAUCAACAGUUUUAUCAGAACUCUAACGCUUUUCCAAACAUUCCACCGCUGACAAAUCACUACAGCAACUCUGAUCUGGCAAGCUUGAUGAACCACAGGACGUACAAAGAUCAAUGCAACUCUACGGACGAACUUGGAGCAAUGGCUCAGGCUAUGAGUUUGGGACAUUCCGAAAAUUCCUUGUACAGUAACAGCCAAGCAACAACUUCCAAAGAUUCUAGCCCCGAUGAAUUCAGCUCUGAUGACGGUAUACCAUUCAUAAUGCCACUGUCUCAUAACGGAACUUUGGCGGCUACCGGGGAUGAUGGAAAACUGAGGUUAAUUGUGCCGGUCAGUCCGUCAGAGAGCACGUCUGAUGUUGCGGAAAUUCACCCUGUAGAAUCUCCGUCUACGUCAGGGCAUACGCUGAAAGUUCCGGGACAAGUUGAGUUACUAGCGCCUGCUGCUCCUAUAACUCGCACUACCAGCGAGAAGGUCCCAAAUCGCAGUGAAAUGAUGACUGCUCUACGUUCCCAGUGGACGCGCCACACCACCAAAUAAACGAAAUCUUGGGCAUUCAUAAAUUUAACACCGAGUCUUUGUGUUUCAUCUCUGAAAGAAUACACGAGGAUUGUAAAUUUAGCGUAAAGUUUAUACGCCUAUAUUUUAUUACUGAAAAAUUUAUGAACUUUAAUCGUAGGGUUCUUUUUUUAUUUAAGAUUUAAAGGUGCCAAUACCUAUCUUAGUUACAAUUAUUCGGUAUUAAUUCGAUUAGUUAGAUAGAAUUUUAUUUACAUAUCAUUCGUAGCUCUAGUCUGGGAUGCAAAAGUCUAAUGUAUGUAUUUAACACAUAGUUAUGAGUGAGACGACCGAAGAGCAUAUCCUUAUCAUAUCGCCACUAAAAAUAGGUUCUACUUUUAUGGCCCAUAUAGUACGAAAUGCAACCCACGGUGGUAUUUAAUGCUACGACCAGCUAUAAAAAUCGAAUAACGAAUUUAUGCGAAACUAGUCGUUUACUCUUAAAUGUUAGAUGAAAUAUGUUUGUGUGAUCCAAAAAAUCUAGACGUUAUAAAAUAAUAAUAAGAAAAAUCAUUAAAAGCAACAAUAGUACAGGAUACAUUUCAAGUGGGACAUAUGUCAUGUGAUUCGGCUAUAAACAUUUUUAUUCGUUGUCCAGUAGACUCGAGUGGAAUCAUUAUAAUUCAAAUUCCUAAUAAGCUAGGGAUUUGAGUUUUGAACAUAUUAUUAUUAUGUGGCUCAGAAUCGGUGGCAAUGAACUAAAAAACGGAGAUAGAACUUUGUCGAAUAAUUCGUAUUAAACACGUGAUAUUUUCAAAAUCGUCAAUUUUAUUGUUUUUGUUUUAUUAGCUACUAGUAAAUUGUUCAUUUUGAAAACCGCAUUUUUCAAACAAUUUUUAUUUUGUCAAUUAAACAAUUUAU